AUGUCGAACUCUAGAAUCAGCAAAUCAACUCAUAACCAAUAUGAAUUCAAACAAACCAAGACCUUCAUUGUUCAUGUUGGUACAAAUGACAUUGAAAAGCUCGCAAUUAACAAAGUCACAGACCAGACAAAAUCUCUUCUUACUUCAAUUGGAAACAAAAAUCCUGAGGCACGGAUCCUGCUAUCAAAUCUCCUCCCUCGUAGUGAUGAACUCCUCCAAAAAGCACAGAACCUGAACAGAAACUUCCUCCAAAUCCCUACCGAAUUUAAAAAUGUUACCAACAUUGAACAUACAAACUUGUUCCAGUCGACAUCAAUCUUGUAUGACAAAAAACACCUUAACGACAAAGGCAUCAAGAUAUUUGCAAAGAACCUAAAGAGUGCAUUCUUUGGAACACAGAAGACCCAUUGCCACAUCAAAACCAAACCACUGUUCCACACAGAUCCAAAUAAACCAUUCCUCCCAAAUCCACUACUCCACUCAAAUCCACUACUCCGCUCAAAUCCACUACUCCACUCAAAUCCACUACUUCACCCAAGUCCACUACUCCACCCAAGUCCACUACUCCACCCAAAUCCAUUCCCCGCUUCACACUUCCCCAAACCAUACUACAAUACUCAACCAUUCCAAAACUACGACCAUCACUUCCCACCAAUGGAAAGAAAUACAAGUCCAAACAGCCAGAAAAUAUCAUCAGAAGAUGCCAAAAAUCAAAAGAUCACAGAAAUUGCAAAGCUCCUCUAUGGUCUCUUCCAAUGA